UGUCACGUGGGGCCGGGCUGCCGGAAGUGGGGCGAGAGACUGCCGUGGAGUAACGGUCGCUGAGAAUCGGCUGGUAGAGAACUGGACAACACAACAAGCCAACUGAAGAAAUGACUGAAAAACAGAACAAUUUUCCCCCUUUACCAAAGUUCAUUCCACUGAAGCCUUGCUUCUAUCAAAACUUUGAAGAGGAGAUCCCAUCAGAGCACUGCUAUCUAGUGAAAAGAAUUUACCACCUGUGGAUCUUGUACAGCAUCACCUUGGUAGUGAACCUGAUCGGCUGUUUGGCCUGGCUGAUCGCAGGAGGCAAUGCCAUCAACUUUGGCUUGGCAAUUCUGUGGCUGGUGCUCUUCAACCCUUGCUCCUACCUCUGCUGGCUGCGUCCUAUUUAUAAAGCAUUUCGGUCUGACAGCUCCUUCAACUUCAUGGCAUUUUUCUUCAUCUUCGGGGCCCAGGUUGUGCUGAUGGCUUUACAAGCCAUCGGUUUCUCGGGGUGGGGAGCCUGUGGUUGGAUCGUUGCUGUAGGUGUCUUCUCAUCGAAUGUGGGCGCUGCUGUGGUCAUGCUCUUCCCAGCUGUCAUGUUCUCAGCAGUCACCAUCUUGAGUAUUCUUAUUAUACUUCGUGUGCACUCUAUCUAUCGAGGUGGUGGCGGAAGCUUCCAGAAGGCGCAGGAGGAGUGGUCCGCCGGCUCAUGGAGAAAUCCGCCAGCUAAGCAACUGGCCUUUGAAACCGUUACCGGCAGCACCUUACCCCAAUACCCCACAGUCCCAAGAUACCCUGAUAGCAACGAGUGGUCCUAGGGCUCAGUCCUGGUGGGGAGGGGACGGAAGCUUAUUGUAACCAUCGCUUGUUUUACAUUUCAAUUGUAACUUGAUAACAAUUCUCAGUAGAAUCUAGAAAUACUGUGCUACAUGGUGGGAAAGCUAGGAUAUAUUUUAUUGGAACAUAUUGUACUACAGAGGUCUUGGAAUACUGGGUACCAGCACGAGGAAAAUUAGUUUUUAUGCUCUUUUCCUGGUCAAUGAUCAUUGCUAACUUAGUACUUAAUCCAGACCUGAAAUGUGGCGCAAAAUGAAGGGAUUUGUGAACAGAGCACUUCCCGAAAUGAACCAGCGACUUUUAAAAGUUGAGGUUUCUCUUUGUACGUUUGAUGUGAAGAUGAUCUCUCUAGGCCUUAACUUGCCCCAUCCCAGCAGUAAAAUGCCAAUGUUCCAAAUGGCAGAGAGGCUGUGCUGACUGAUGUCUGCUCACUAUGUCCCACUCACUAUGUCCCGCUCCUAUUAAUCAACUAAAUCCACCUCCAUCACAUUUUGAUAAUUGCUCAGAUUUGUUUGUGGG